AUGCGCUCCCCUAAUAAGUAUGCGCAAGAAGUUUCGUCCAUGCUGAACGAUUUCUUUGGUGACUCACGGCCAAAGAGAAGCUAUAAUGUUGACGCCGCCGAACUCUUGAUGAAUAGACCCCAAGCGGGACCGCGGAUUCAGACUCAGAAGGUCCAGCUGUUCCAGGUAUCUGCAGACGGCAAGAAAGUGGCCGUACCAGGACACUACGAGCGCGUUCUAUUCGAGAGGGAGAUGUAUAUCUGCCCCCACACCUUCACAAACGGUGCAGGCAAGAAAGUCUCAGAAGUCUACUUUUGGGCAGGAGAUGAGGUUCCAGAGUCUACGGUGGAGGAUGCCCAUCUCUUCGUCAACCGAGAGGCCCGGGCAAUGGGAGGGAAGCUCAUCAAGAUUCGGCAAGGCAAGGAGACUCCUGAGUUCAUCCAGGCUCUAGGUGGCAUAGUUAUUGUUCGCCGUGGUUCAAGCAACAAAUACGACUCGCUUGCUCCCAACAUGCUCUGCGGCAGGCGGUUCUUGGGCCAAAUAGUCUUCGACGAGGUCGACUUUGCGCCAUCCAGCUUAUGCUCCGGGUUUCCCUACCUAAUUACGCAGCAGGGCAAGUGCUAUCUAUGGAAGGGCAAGGGAAGCAGUGUGGAUGAGUUAAGCUGCGCUCGGCUAAUAGGAAUGGACCUUGCGCUCAUGGGCGAGCUGCUUGAGGUUGAAGAUGGAAGUGAAAGUGCUGCUUUUUGGAGUAUCUUCGAUGGUGGCGCCAAACCCGGUUCUGCUGAUCACUGGCGGUUGAAGCCGAGUUACGACAAGUAUUGUGGACGGCUGUUCUGCUCUGAUGUAGCCGACCGUAAGCAGAUCAUCGAGCUUCAUCCUUUCAGCCAAAUAGAUCUCCAGCCCAACAAGAUCUACAUCCUUGAUGCCUUCUUCGAGAUGUACAUCAUUGUAGGCCGCCAGUCUCAGUCUCAAUAUGCCGCGUUCCACAACGCACUCGACUUUGCCCAGGAAUAUGCCAUCCUGGCAGCUGGUAUGGAGGAUCGACCGUUCGUCCCAAUCUCAACAGUCGUCUUGGAGGGCAUCCCUCGAGACCUCAAGAGCGUCUUCCGCAAGUGGAGAGACGACGGCAGCCCGACGCGAACAGCUCUGCCCAACCCCGCGAGCCCGAAUCUCAAGCGCGGACGCAGCUUGAGGAUCGUGCCCCUGACUCAAGCACUUCAGGCUUUGUCCGAGUAA